UUCAAAGGCAUGCCAGGAGUAUUGAACUAAAUCGUCGUGUUUUUUUUGUUUCCAUAAAUUUUAAACUAUUAAUGGUGUCAGUUCUCCUAAUAUUAAAGUAUUCAAUGCAGAACAACUGACUUAUAGAAUUACAGCACUCAAAGGUAAUCUCUGUCGAAAGCUAUCCGUAUAUAAUUACUGAUUUAUAUAAACAAAAGAUUUGCAUAACUACCAAAAUGUACGAAAAAUCGAUCAAGUGUGAACCUAUCGAAAUGCUUCAUUCCUACAACCAUGGCGUUAUGCAACAACUACAUAGCAACAAUAACUCAAUGUCGCCUAAUGAACAAAUAAACUCUCCUUCACCUCACCAGUCAGGGGUUCAGAUUAAUUCUGUGACAAAUAUAAGCGAACAGAAAAAGCCGGACCAUGUGAAACGACCUAUGAACGCAUUUAUGGUGUGGUCGCGCGAGAAAAGAAGAAAAAUGGCUCAAAUUAACCCUCGUAUGCACAAUUCUGAAAUAUCAAAAAUUUUAGGAUCAGAAUGGAAAAGAAUGGGCGAGUCAGAAAAAGGGCCUUAUGUUCUCGAAGCAAAGCGAUUGCAAACACAGCAUAGUAUUGAAUAUCCUAAUUACAAAUACAAACCACGGCGUAGAAAAGCUAAAGCUAUGUUAAAAAAAGACAAAAUUGGUUUUGUUUACCCAGGUGAUGUUAAUGGAAUACCAGCCAACAUGAAGUUUCCGUACCCAACUUCUGCCUAUUCUCAAGAUGCGAUGUAUGGACCACCAAUAUAUCAAAUACCUAAUGCACCUGGCUAUGCAAUGUAUGCGGACUAUUCGCAAUCCAUUCACGGUCGUCAACCAAUGAUUUCGCCUCACUCUCAAAUGAGACAUUCGCCUCUUUCAGUAGGUUCUCCUGGUAAUUCACAUGAUUUUUAUACCUUAGGUUCUAUGCAAACUCCUAGAAGCGCAAGUGAUAUGAUUCCAAUGUCAGAUAGAUAUUCUAUUAUGAACAUUGCUGUUACACAAGGUAAUAUGCCUUCAUAUUCAUCAUCUUCACCUGCUAUUCAUAUUCCCCAUGAAUCAGGAAGUCCUGUAGGUUAUCAAAUGUACUCUUCGGCAGAAAGAUCUUUAUAGCUUUUAACUAUGGAUAACUCUUUUAAAGGCUUUCAAUAAUUUUAUAGCCGGUUGUAAUUAUACCUGUUUACAUUUUAGCAAAAACAGUUAUACUGCUAUAAUAAUGCAACAUUACAACUAUUGUAUUUUCAAGUAGGAUUCGUUGAAAAUAAAAUGGCAAACCAUUGUUGUACUUGAAAACAUUAGGCAGUGAACCAUUUUUUCUCAUUUAAUACUGAGUUUCUUGUACCUAAGUUAUAUUUUACAUAACCAGAAGUCAACAAAAAAUAAUAUUUUUUUUAAACUGAAAUUAGAAAUCGUGAACAUAAUAAAUUAUUAAUGCUUCAUUUCUAUUUCAUUUUUAGCAUAUAAUUUAUUACGACCUUUGUAUACUUAUAAAAACUUCAAAAUCAGUUUUCAUUAGUUGAGUUUGCAAAACGAAAUGAAAAUAAAAAUAUUUGUCACAAAUGUUCUAUUAAAAAAGAAUGUUCUUCAUAAAUGAUUUUUGCUAAUUUGUUUUGAAAGUUCGACAAAUCGAAAUCUUUAAAAGAAGAUAUUUUAGUAUGCGCAUUGAAAGGUUUUUAAAUAUAUAUUGCCAUACUUUUACAUAUUUCAUUUUAAAUUUAUGCUAAGAUAUAAAUAUAUAUAUAUAUAUAUUUAAUAAGCGAAUGUUGUCGCUUUACACAUUGUAAAUAUUGUCAGAAAUGAUGUUUAUAUAUCGUUUGUUUAUUUACAGUAUAUUUAUUGACAAUAUAUUUGUGAGGAACAAUGA